UUGGUGUCAUCAGUUUUACUCCAGUAGAAGUAGAAGCUGCACCGUCCUAGAUCGCAUGAGAAUUCUUCGCUCCAACAACAAUAACAACAACAAUUCUUCCGCCGCGUCGACUGCCUUCUAGUCGACCUCGUCGUCCUCCAGCCUGUGUGCCUGCAAGGCGGAAACAUUUGAGAUAGAGCCAUGAGUCACUUCAACCUGGGGCUUAUUUCAGCCUACAACAGCCUCACAGACAAACACCUCACCGGCUACUUCAGCAGUACUCGCAUUAGGAAACACUUGCAGAGGGCAGGACUGAUCACAAGGAGUGGGCGUAUUGUUCCCGACAAAGAGUACAGACACAAACUGAUCCAGAGAGCCCACAAGAGACAUGUCAGAGAGGGUUUGGCCCAAGCCAUUUUCCUUAAGGUGCUGGAGAUGGAGCGUCUUCAUCAAAUAGAGAUUAAAAGAAAACUGGAGGAGUUUGCCAGAAGGGAGCGAGUGCACAAGAUGAAGGUGGAGCGUUCUAAACGAUUUGAAGAAGACACACGGAUUUUGUCGCCACACCCACCCGCGGGUGCAAGGGCUGUCCGGAAACAGCACUCAGGACCUGUGGCGGGUCAAUGUGGAUCCUCAGAGUCUCCUGGUUCGUCUCGCCCCAACACAGCUCCGGGAAAGAUGCAGAGGCCUGUGCGUUUGAAGCCUAUCCACAACAAUAACAACAACUCAGCCUCCUCUCACAGACUCCAAGAGGCGUUCAAGGACCACCAACCCCCAUUCAACAGCACUAUGGAGAGGGCGCCCAGGAGGCGCACGACCACCUUAGACCCCCCCCACGGCGUCUCACCUUACUGCCUGCCGGUCGUCAACAACUUUAUUAUGCCACUCCCUCCGGCCACUAAGAGGAAAGAAAGGGGGCCUGACGGUGCUCCCAGAAGCACACUCAGACGACGACGGCUGCGGCCCGUCACCGCCUCCAGCGGAGCCGACGAGCAGCCUCUCCUAAGGACCACAGUGCAUCAGAGCAAAGUGUGCGUCACCAUGGUGUAUUUUGGGAAAUCCGUGCAUCUUGCCAAUGACCUGGACGACCUGCGGGAUGAGAUCAAAGUGUUCCAGCAGCACUGUGGAGGAGAGAACCUCUGCGUUUACAAGGGCAAGCUCCGUGAGGGAGAGAUGUUCCAGUUCGUGUCAAGGCGUCAUCCAGGUUUCCCUUUCAGUCUGACCUUCUUCCUGAACGGGCUGCAGGUUGAGCGUCUCAGCUCGUGCUGCGAGUUCAAGCACAGGAGGGGUCCCAGAUUGGGCGGCAGAUACGGACACUUUGGCUUCAGCGCCGUAGAGCGGGCGUCUCCUUGCUACAAGUGCAUCAUAGCAAUGGGGCUGGACAAACAGCCCACUCCUCCACCAAAGAAGAUCAACGAGAAGAUAGGAGGAGGGGAAAGCAGCUCCAGCCUCAAGGAUGCACCCAAAAUUGGGACGGUUAGAAGCACAAACCAGUCAGGAAGCGAGAGCAACUCUCCGCAAGAACAACAAACCCAGCACGGACACAAAGAUGAUUACGAGGAGGACUUUGAAGCAGAUGAUGAUAAACCGAAUGAAAAGAAGACUUCAUCUUCACCAAAUGAGACAGACGUGCAUACAAAAUCUUUGUCUGACUUUGAAGAUGAAACGGCCGAAGAAGAAGGAGAAGAUGUGAGGCCUCGUUCAAGUUCAAGCUCCACUGAGGAGAGUGAUUCUGAGCCUGAGGAAGAGGUAGAAGAACCGGAAGAGAUCCUCCAGAAAGAAGAAAUGGCUUCACCUCCAGUUGAAGAAGACCAGGGGAAUCCAGAAGUCACUGAGGAGGAGCCUGCUGAGGUCAAGGGCUCGGAUGUAGAAAACAGCGCCAUGACCCCCACAAUUGUAGAAGUCUCAGACAGCAGCCUGCCCACAGCGGACGAGAAAGAACAGACUGAGGAAACACCAGAUGAGCAAAAAGUGUGCAAGGAGGCAGAGUAUGGGGGCGAGCAAAAGGAACAGGAGAGGGCCAAAUCUGUGCAGGAGAAGUUUGCUGAAGCCAUCCUGAAGGAGUCCCGGUGCAGCUCUGAGCCAGAAUUGAGCGACACCAGUACUGAAGAGGAGGAGGAAGCGUUGGCGUCCAAAAACCAAGAACAGAGGCCAGAAAAUGAUGAAGCAGUCAUGGGGACAUCGAUAAUAAAAUGUGAGGAAAGUGCUUCAAAAGAUCACGAGGAGCCAAAUGAUCAAGCUGAAGCAGACCAAGAUGAACCACAAAAGAACAAGGAGCACCAGAAAGACAAGGAAACAGAUUGUGAAGAGAACAUACCUGAAGGUGGCAGGACUUUAGAAGCUCAAGACAAUCCUUUGGCUAUAUCUGUUGAUGCAGAGACAACAGCAACCAAGGCAGAGAAGCAAGAGGCCCUCAACGGUCACAUUUUGCAAGAUGAACUGGUUUCAACAGAAACUCCUGCUGAGAUAAUUGAAAACAAUGUAAAUGAUGAGAGCAAUAAAACGGAACCUAUUGAGCGAGAAGAAAUAGGUAAACCAUGUGAGGAAAUCAUUGACCAAAUGACAAAAUGUGACGAACAAAAAAAUCCAGGUCAAGCCGAGGAAAAUCAUACAAAGGAAGAAAACACUGCAGAGGAGACUAAUGUGGAUGUAAACGAAGUAGAGAAUGUGGAUGUAAACAAAGUAGAGACAAAGAAAGAUGCAGCAGAAGCAACCCUCACGGAGGAAAACAAUGAGAGAGAAGACAGUCAUAGCCCAAAGAGCAAUGAGGCUAAGGAAGAGAAUAAGGAGGAUACUGAAGAAAAAAGUCAAACAAACACUGAAGAUGGAGUGAGGAGUGAAGCGAGACAGAAGGACAUAAACAAAGCUGUUGAAAGCAACGUGACCGAUGAAUAUGAAAAGGAUGAAUUUGUUACGGAAAGUGUGAAAAUCAACGAAGUGACAACAACAGAUGCAAAAGAAAACGAAAUGAGACAGAAAAACAAAAAUGAGUUGAGUGGAGAUAUAGAAAAUAAAAUUGUCAUAGCUAUCGCUGCUAAGCACAAGGAAGGGGAAGAAAUAAACGUACAAAACAUGCAAGCAGGAGAUGAAAACAAGAACGAAGAUCUGAUGGAGCCAAUUGAAGAAGAGACAAUCCUUACUAAUGAGACUGGGGAAAGAGAAGAAACAUCAAAGAAAGAUGAGAACAAAGCUGAAGUAGGCAUAGAGGUCAGAGAUAGAGAGGAGGCAGAGAAAAUUGAGCCUGUGGAAAGGGAAGGAAUCAACAACGCAAACACAGACAAUGUGGACGAGAGCGAAGACAAAGAUAAAAACAAGAAUGAAAAUGUGAUGGAUAAAUCUGAAGAAGAGAAGGUUGUUACCAAUGAGGCAACGGAAAGAGAGGAAAAAUCAAAGAACGAUAAGAAUGAACUUAAAGGACGUACAGACUUCGGGGAUGGAUAUGAGGAGGAGAAAAAUGAAAAAAUCAACAACGUAAACACGGAUAACAUGGACGAGAGUGAAGAAAAAAAUAAAAACAAGAAUGAAGAUGUAAUGGACGAAGCUGAAAGGAAGGUUGUUAGUAGUGAGGCGCAGGAAAGAGAGGAAACAUCUAAAAAAGACGACAACAAAGCUGAAGCAAGUAAAGACUAUAAGUCUACGGAUGAGAAGGAGAAAGGUGAAGAAAUUAACACAGAUAAUGUCGAGGACAGUGAAGCAAGGGAUCAAAAUAAGAACAAAGAUGUAAUGGUUAAAGCUGAAGAAGAGAAGAUAGUUGCUAAUGAGACCAAAGGAAGACAGGAAACAUUUGGGAAAGAUGACAAAGUAGAAGCAAGUGAAGAUGUCAGGGAUGGGCCUGAGGAAGAGAAAAUCAAGGCCAAGGAAGGUGUAGAAGAGAAUGAAGAAAAAAAUCAAAACAAGAACGGAGAUGUGACGGUUAAAGCUGAAGAAGAGAAGAUUGUUAUCAAUGAGGCAGAAAAAGGUGAGGUAAUAUCUGAGGUUACUGCUGAAAAAACUGAGAAAAUGCCAGAAGAACUCUUGGUAGCAGCAGAUGCAGGACAUCCGAUGAGUACGACCGAGGACACCGACGAUAUUCCGAUGAAACACAACAAUGAAAAGCACCAAGUUGACGCUGAAAACGGGGAGACCUCAACCGGAGCGGACAACAGUGAAGACCAGCCAAAAAAAAGUGGUGGCACGACAUUGGAACAUUUUGAGGAAGAAAGAAAAGAUGAGUCUGCGGAGGUGAAGAAAAACAAUGAGGAAUCUGGGUACGCCCAAAAGGUAGAAAUCGAUGCAGAGGAAGUGGUCAGCAAGGACCACUUUGAGCCCCCUAAAGUGGAGUCAAUAGAGGAUUUUAAGUUUGAAGAUCUAAGCAGCAGUAAAGAAGACGUGGCUGGGAAAACCAACAAAAACCCUAAAACCGAUCACUCCACAGGAGAUUACGAUCUGUACUCGGCAGCUGUAGAUGUCGAUUUGGACGAGACAGCUAAAAAAUUAUACAAAGAAGACAAUCUUUCCAGCAACAAAAAAGUGGCCUCCGCUGAGGAGAAGGAGACCAACAAGGCCUCAAAGGAAGGAGCCAGCGUGUUUCUCCAACCCCAGCCUACAAAGGAUCAGUCUGCCAAUCCUCGCCAUGGAGAAAGUCCAGAGGCAUUAGCGAGAGCGAGCAGUGCCGAGCUGGUCACAAAGUGGCUCACCAUGCAUCAGGCAUCAAAGUUCUUUGAGACCUACGUUGAACCCCUAGAUGACUUCACAGAGUCUGACGUGGGGGCCAGAACAUCAAAGGUUGUGGAGGAGGUUCGUGGUGCAGAAGUAGAGUUUGAAAGUCAAGCCAAAGGUGACACUCAGUCAACACCUGAAAGCUUUCACUUUAAUGAUGAGAGGGUCACCAAUCAAGAAGUGGAUGAUGGGGUGCGUAUCCUAACACCUAACACUAUAAGUAAACUAACCAAAACAGAGAAAAAAGGAUCUCUCGCUGACGACAACAUUGAAUCAACUCAUGGUAACAUCCUUGAAACAUUUCAAAAUGAUAUGGAAAGCAUGUCAGGAACCAAACCGGUGAGUCUCACAGAGGAGGAAACCGAAGCCCUUAAUCACUUUCAUAAAACUGAACAUUAUGAAGAUCAGACAACUCCAGGAGGAAGGACACAUAAUGAAGGUUAUGACGCGACGAGCAUGGUAAGCCAGGAAGAGCGAGCAAGCAUCAAAGCCAAACUGACCAAUGGGAGUUCGCGGAUUAUUGAUGACAUCAUCAGCGAGGACCGUUUGAGUGUGAUGUCAGCGGACAAAACGCCAUUUGGUUUAAGUUCUUACUCUUUGUUGGCAUCAGCCAGGACUGAAAGUGGACAUUAGCGCACAACUCAAGAGUGGCACGUUACAUCAAUAGUGGCACACUACAUUGUCUGCUCUCGCAUCUUAAGGGGGCUGUUUGCAACUAGCUCAGUUACAUUUCUUCAAACAAAAUAUAACAAGAACACCAUUAACUAGCUUAUGUUGUCAUUAUUGUUUUUUUCAAACAUCUAUUUUUUUCACAAUAUCUAAUUAUACUGACUAAAGAUUGCUUGUUGGCUUUAGGAACUAGCUGUUCAAACUUGUCUCUCACCGCUAUCUCAUACACCAGUGGUUCUCAACCUUUUUUCAGUGAUGUAUCCCCUGUGAACACAUUUUUAAUUCAAGUACCCCCUAAUCAGAGCAAUGCAUUUUUGGUGAAAAAGAGAGAUAAAGAAGUAAAAUACAGCACUAUGUCAUCAGUUUCUGAUUUAUUAAAUUGUAUAACAGUGCAAAAUAUUGCUCAUUUUUAGUGGUCUUUCUUGAACUAUUUGGAAAAAAAGAUAUGAAAAUAACUAAAAACUUGUUGAAAAAUAAACAAGUAAUUCAAUUAUAAAUAAAGAUUUCUACACAUAGAAGUAAUCAUCAACUUAAAGUGCCCUCUUUGGGGAUUGUAAUAGAGAGACAUCUGGAUUCAUGAACUGAAUUCUAAACAUUUCUUCACAAAAAAAGAAGUCUUUAACCUCCAUAUUUAUGGAACAUGUCCACAAAAAAUUUAGCUGUCAACACUGAAUAUUGCAUUGUUGCAUUUUUUUCACAGUUUAUGAACUUACACUCAUAUUUUGUUGAAGUAUUAUUCAAUAAAUACAUUUAUAAAGGUUUUUUGAAUUGUUACUAUUUUUCAAUAAAUAUAUUUAUAAAGGAUUUUGGAAUUUUUGCUAUUUUUAGAAUAUUUUAAAAAAAAUCACACGUACCCCUUGGCAUACCUUCAAGUACCCCUAGGGGUACGUGUACCCCCAUUUGAGAACCACUGUCAUACACAAAAUCAGUCCCAGAGAAGUCGCAAUAGGCUCUGCAUUCAAUAAGUUAGCUAAUGAGUUAACUUUAGAUUUACGUCAUUGCGUGCUAAAACCAGCAUCUAACAACAAAUUGGAAAGUUAGCACCAUCCAGGCAUCCACGUAAAAGUUGCAAACAGCCCCUUUCAUAGAUUUAAAUGUCUUAUACCGUUUAUCAACCAUUUUAAAAAGGAUGUUGCAGGUGUGUGGCUCAACAUUUAGUCUUGAUGCCCUUCUGCGUGUCUGUAGCUCAAAGGCUAAUGAGCCUGCAUGUCCAUGUUUCUCCAAGAAGCGUUAUUGUGCAUGUAUUCCACUUUUCUAAAUACCGUAGCUCUGCACUUGUCCAAAGUAACAUACCGUAUUUCCUUGAAUUGCCGCCGGGGCACUAAUUAAUUCAAAACCUCUUCUCACUCCUGCGCUUACCAAAGGCAUGUAGUAAAAGUAAGCAUGCGCUAAUUAUUUUAAAAUCUCUUCUCAUUACGGCACUUACCAAAGGUAUGCAGUAAAAAUUUGAGUGUGAUGUAAGCGUGGACCUUAAAUCCUACUGAAUAGCUCUUAAUCUUCUUCCCUUUAUGCGAUUUCAAAUUACCGGUAUUGAAAUCAGCCUCCUUCAUUUUGGAAAUGAUGACAGAGGAAGUGUCACUCGUGAUGUCAAGAGUUUUACCAGGCGGUAAUACUAAGCAUGCGCUAAUUAUUUUGGGAAGCGAGUUUGACCCGGCAGUAAUUCAAGGCAGGCGCAUACUAUAUGCCCUAUGGCAAUUCAAGGAAAUACGGUAUGCCAUAUAUCACAUACAACAACAUAACAUUAAGGGGAGAAGUAUGAGGACAUAAACAGUAGCAACACUAGAGUUAUGUGCUGGAGUGCUAAAAUUACACUAUGCUAAUAUACACAAUAUUUCCAAAAGUAUUUGGCCACCCAUCCAAAUGAUCAGAAUCAGGUGUCCUAAUCACUUGGCCCGGCCACAGAUGCAUGAAAUCAAGCACUUACGCUUAAGGAAUGUUUCUACAAACAUUUGUGAAAGAAUGGGCCGCUCUCAGGAGCUCAGUCAUUUCCAGCGUCGAACUGUAAUAGGAUUCCACCCGUGAAACAAAUCCUGUUGUGAAAUUCCCUCGCUCCUAAAUAUUCCAAGGUCAACUGUCGGCUUUAUUAUAAGAAAGUGGAACAACAGCAACACCAAGUGGUAGGCCAUGUUAACUGACAGAGAGGGGUCAGCAGAUGCUGAAGCGCAUAGUGCAAAGUUGUCUCCAACUUUCUGCACAGUCAUUUGCUACAGAGCUCCAAACUUCAUGUGACCUUCCAAUUAGCCCGCGUACAUUACGCAGAGAGCUACAUGGAAUGGGUUUCCAUGGCCGAGCAGCUGCAUCUAAGCCAUACAUCACCAAGACCAAUGCAAAGCGUCGGAUGCAGUGGUGUAAAGCACGUCGCCACUGGACUCCAGAGCAGUGGAGACGCCUUCUCUGGAGUGAUGGGGAGGUUGCCAGGAGAACAGUACAUUUCGGACAGCAUUGUGCAAAUUUAGUGGAGGAGGAAUUAUGGUGUGGGGUUGCUUUUCAGGAAUUGGGCUUCGCCCCUUAGUUUGAGUGAAAGGCACUUUGAAGGCUCCAGGAUAACAAAACAUUUUGGACAAUUCCAUGCUCCCAACCUUGUGUGAACAGUCCCUCACUCUUCCAAUAUGACUGUGCACCAGUGCACAAAGCAAGGUCCAUAAAGACAUGGAUGACAGAGUCUGGUGUGGAUGAACUUGACUGGCCUGCACAGAGUCCUGACCUGAACCCGAUAGAACACUUUUGGGAUGAAUUAAAACGGAGACUGAGAGCCAGGCAUUCUCGACCAACAUCAGUGUGUGACCACAUCAAUGCGCUUUUGGAAGAAUGGUCAAAAUUUCCUAUAAACGAGAGUUGAAGCCGUAAUAGCUGCAAAAGGUGGACCGACAUCAUGUUGAACCCUAUGGGUUAGGAAUGGGAUGGCACUUCAAGUUCAUGUGUGAGUCAAGGCAGGUGGCCAAACUUUUGGCAAUAUAGUUUAGGUUAGCAAAAACACAGUCAAACUCCCUCUGUAGGUAACAGACAGAAAGUUGGCAGAGCGUCAGCCUUUAUUUUAGGGAAAUAAUUUAAUUUUCGUACAUUUAGUGGGCAUUGACAGGCUCUAGGAGUUGGGACACAUAGCCUAUUGUACAUAUUUUACAACAUUAUUAUUAUGAAUUAAUUAUUAUUUAUUAAUUGAUUAUAUUAAUUAAUUAGUUUGAUGAAUAAUGUUGAAUAUUGCAAACAGUUUUCAUUCAGUUUCAUUCACCAUGUUAACAGUGGAAGAUCUCUUCACAAAGUGAGCAGGGUUAGUAGGAGGUAUUGAGUGCUAUUGCUUGCCUCUUACCAGCGAACAGAUACUCUUCCAUGCACUCUCAAACAGUUAAAUUAUUCAUAGACAUCUUAGCUUACCCCUAAACACAAAUACUUUUACAUAAAGCGCGUUCAAAGUUUAGCGGUCGACAUUUCAUUGCUGUGAUGGAGCGUUUGUUCAUAUUUGCCUAUCUCGUAUGUGAGUGGUUAAAUACUCUAUGAAAACACUGUAAACUCUACCUCUCUGUGCUGUUAAAAGCAUAUGUUAUCCUGAAGUGUGUGUUUGCAGGGCUUAACUGAAUAAAUUAAAACUGACCACUGACAUUUGGAUUACGGUAUGUCCAAUGCUUGCAAAGCCUACACACAAAAUCAAAUGUACACAUUUUUAUUGCUGUCAGAAUAACAUAGUGAAAGGCAAAUUAAAAAUGAGCUAAUAAGUUUUAGUAACAUAGUGAAACGUGAAUUAAAAAUGAGCUAAUAGUUUUAGUCAGUGCUGUUACCCUACAUAUUAGAUAGAAUUUACAGCCUGAAUCGUAAAUAAAAGAAGUAAAAUAACAAAACAAAUGAAUGGUUUA